GGCCCUUCAAACAGUAGUUGAAUUGGACACCCGAGUGUGGGCCAGGCUGGGGUAACGUCAACAUGGUUUGGAACUACCUUCUCCACAUCUUCCUGUCGCCAACAUUCGUGCUGGUGGUACUGUUCUUCAUCCUUUUCUAUGUGUAUGCCACAUGGCCGUACAAGACAUUCCAAAAGCUGGGAAUCCCUGGCCCGCCCCCGUUACCACUCAUAGGCAACCUGAUAGACUACAAGAAGGGCCUCAGCAACAUUGAUCUUGAGUGGAUGAAGAAAUACGGCAAGUACUGGGGGGUGUAUGAGGGACAACUGCCUGUGCUCAUCGUCGCAGACACCAAACUCAUCAAACAGAUCAACGUCAAGGAGUUCCCCAAUUUCGCCAACCGCAGACUGAUGCCGGGGAACGGACCAGUGAUGAAGUACAGUCUGACGGUUCUACAGGACGCCGAGUGGAAACGAGUCCGCAGCUACAUGAGCCCCUUCAACAGUGCCUACAGUCUCAAACAGCUGUGCUAUCUGAUAGAGCAGACCUCUGAUAACCUGGUUGCCGCCAUGACACGAUACUACGAUGCAGGGCAGUAUGUUGAUGUCAAGGAGAUUUUCGGAUGCUACACCAUGGAUGUCAUUUCCAGCACGGGAUUCGGAACCGACGUUAACUCCCUCAGCGACCCAGACAGCAUCUUCAUCAAAAACGUUAAAAAGUUCUAUGCAAUCGGAGCCCUGAGUCCCUUCACUCUGCUGACUUUUGGUUUUCCGUGGUUUGCCUUCUUUCUGGACCGCCGAAACUGGUUCUUCAACAUCGUGCCGCCGCCUGUCUUCAACUUUUUUGCCGACGCCAUCAGGAGGGUGAUUUCUAUCAGGGAGUCCAAUCCAGCUGAAUCGGACAAACGAGUUGACGUGAUGCAGCUGCUGCUGAAAUCCCACAACACGUCCUUGGAUGACCCCGAGCACAAAGGGACUAUCAAACACGGGCUCUCCUACAAUGAGAUUUUGGCCAACGGCUUUAUUUUCUGGAUUGGCGGAUACGACACCACCGCGACCACCAUAUCCUUCCUGGCGUACAACCUGGCUCUCAACCCGGACAUCCAGGAGAGGGUCAUUGCCGAGAUCGACGGAAUCAUGAGGGGCAAGGAACGCAUGGACUACGAUGCUGCCCACGAGAUGAAGUACUUGAAGAUGUGUGUGGAUGAGACCCUGCGCAUGUAUCCGCCCUCCCAGCGAUUUGACCGUGAGGCCAAGGAGGACAUCGAUCUUGAUGGAGUGAAGAAUCCCAAGGGCAUGUGUGUCCAGUUCUCCUCUUUCGCCAUCCACUAUGACCCUGACAACUGGCCAGACCCGGAGAAGUUCGAUCCUGAGAGGUUCACACCUGAAGCGAAGAAGAACCGUGACCCGUACGCGUACGUGGCCUGGGGAGUCGGCCCGCGCAGCUGCGUCAUGAAGCGCCUGGGCAUGCUGGAGGUCAAGUUUGCCAUCGCCAAGAUCCUGAUGAAAUACCGCCUCAGGCCAUGUGAGAAGACUCAGAUCCCCAUCCGUGUGAAGGUGAGUAACCUGACCCAGCCUGACCACGGCAUGUUCUUGAAACUGGAGGCCAGGACGGACAUAGCCACUUAGGUCUUCUGCCAACGUCUCAAGUGUUGAACUCUAUGAAAUAAGGACCAAACUAUAUGUUAUGAAGCAAGUUUAAACUGUAAUUGCCAACACAACAAAUUGA